AUGUCAUCCCCGGCCCCGAAUUCUCAAUAAAGAAGAUUCCCUCUGAGCACAAUUGCCCUACUACAAAGCUUGUAGACAGCAGAAUGGCAACACAAGGUUGGGUUGCAGAGAAGCUUGUUGAUUGGGUGAAGAAAAACCCAGGAGAGGGAGCAAAGGCAGCGAAAACUAAGUUGGAGGGUGACUUCAACUUCAAGCUGAAGUAUUCCAAAGCUUGGGCAGGUAUGAAGAUAGCUCUGGAACAAAUGCAUGGUAAAUAUGAGGAUAGUUUUCAAUUGUUGUUCAAUUGGAAAGCAGAGAUAGAGAAGAGAUGCCCUGGUAGUAUUGUUGAGAUUGAUUUGGUCAAGGAAAAAGAUAAGUACUAUUUCAAUAGAGUCUUUGUAGCUUUCAAACCCUGCAUAGAUGGUUUCUUAGCUGGAUGUCGACCAUACAUAGGAGUAGAUGCAACUGCACUGAAUGGCAAAUAUGUUGGUCAAUUAGCAUCAGCGACCGGAGUUGAUGGACACAACUGGUUGUAUUAUGUAGCAUAUGCCGUAUUUGAUUCAGAAACUACAGAAAACUGGGUAUGGUUUAUGCAGCAGCUGCGCAGGGCUGUAGGAUGUCCACCAGGGCUAGUAAUUUCCAGUGAUGCUUGCAAGGGACUAGAAAAUGCAGUUGACAAAGUAUUCCCCAAGUGCGAAUAUAGGGAGUGUAUGCGCCAUUUAUACCAAAAUUUUAUGAAAAAAUUCCAUGGUAAAGUGUACACAGACCAUUUGUACCCAGCUGCUAGGGGAUUCAUAGAGCACAAGUUCAGAUGGCAUAUGCAAAAGAUAUUUGAGGCUGAUCCAAGUGAUAUCGAGUACCUUGAGAAACACCACAAUAGGAUUUGGUAUAGGUGUGCCUUUGGUGUGGAUAGCAAGGUUGAUUAUCUCACUAACAACAUUUCUGAAAGUUUUAACAAGCAGAUCAAAGACUUGAAAGGGCUAAAUUUGUGUGAGCUACUAGAUAGGAUUAGAGAGCUAAUAAUGGUGAAGUUCAAUGUGAGGAGGCAUGUUGGUAGGUAUUUGGCCGGCAUAAUCUUGCCUGAGGUUCUCAAGAGGCUCAAUGCACUCAGUAAAACAAUUGGGCCCCAUAAAGUGGCGUGGAAUACCGAACAUGAGGCAGAGAUUACACUAUAUGAUGUGAAAGCAUAUGACCAGAGGCACACUGUUGAUCUAAAACAGAGAACAUGCUCAUGUCGGAAAUUUCAAGUUUCUGGGCAGCCUUGCAUUCAUGCAUUGACUUUCAUUUGUUCAAUGAGGGGCGCAAAGAUUGAGUCCUUUGUUGAUGAGUAUUACAGCGUGGCAAAAUUUCGAGCUGCUUAUGCUGGGGCACUGCCAACCAUGACUGAUAGGACACAAUGGGAGCAAGUUGACCUUGGAUUCCUUGUUUACCCACCUAUACAAGAGAAAAGGCCACCUGGAAGGCCCAGGGUUCAAAGAAUUAGAGGAUUUCUUGAAGACCCAGGAAGAAAAGUGGUUAAAUGCAAAAAAUGUGGUCGAAAUGGCCACUUUGCAAAAACUUGCAAUCUCCCUCCUUUAGUUAUUGCAGAACCACCACCAAUGGAGCACACUCCUACUAAAAGAAAGAGAGAUGCUACUGCAGCCGAGGAGGAAGUUGUGGAAGAUGACGAACCUAUAGCAAAUUAUAAAAGGUAUAAUACUAACUUAUGUUCAUUCUUUUACCACAAAUUAUAUUUAUGAACACACAAUACUUAGUUCCGACAUUU